AUGUUUCAAAAAACCUUAAGUAUCUUCGCCUUAUUGAUAUCGCUGUUAAUUAUAUAUAUUAAUGUAUCAUGGAGUAAUAAGUACAUCACCCCGGAAAAGUUUUCACAAAUUCAUCCGGAUUCAGCAGUAGUAAAAACUGCUUCUGGAAACAGUGUUGCAAUAGACAUUCCAGAUUUACCAACUCCAAAUGUUACCAAAAAGUUCUGUCCAACUUAUGGGCUUAAUAUUAAGGGUUUAUUUUGCUUUGGUUGGAAUAGCGUCAAAAUUACAAAGAGUGAAUCUUGGCAGGAAUGUGCAUCUCUCUGUUCAGAUUAUGUGGCAUUUUUCUUUUUAAAAUGUAAACAAUGGAGUUACGAUGUUGAGAAGAAGAAGUGUUUAAUUAAAACUGGGGAUAAACAUUGUAAGUACCCUGAUGAAAAUUAUAUAUCAGGUCCAAAAAAUACAUCAGAGGUUGGGCUUUGCUCUACUACAUGUAAAGUUGGAGACUGGAGUGCCUGGACUCCCUGUAGUUCACAUUGUGCAGGAAUCACUCAAAGAGUAAGGCAUGUCAUUAGAUCACCCGUUUACAAGUCAGAAAUCUGUCCAAGGUUAAUAGAAACUGCAAUGUGUAAGGGAAGUCCAGAAUGUCCUUCAAAUUGCCCAAACUACCACGUGGCUGGGCUUGGGUGGGGAUGCAAAGUAGAAAUGAAUAGAGGAGGUGGAACCAUGAGAAAGUAUGUUAAUACUUGGCACGAGUGUCUUGGGCUUUGUAAAAAUACUGAGAAUUGUACUUAUUGGUCUUUCCAGGGGAUUUCUGGAGUUGAAACAUGCCUUUUGGUUAUUGGUGAGGUUGGAUGCACAUAUCAUGCUCUUGGGUGGGUAUCUGGAGAUGCAAAUGUUGUAGCAGUGGACUGUCCAGUCAAAUGUUUUGUAGGUGAAUGGUCUAGUUGGACAAAAUGCCCUAGCGAUGAAGUUUGUACACAAAACUCUAUGUCAAAAAGAAGCAGGCCUCUCAUUUCUACUCCUCCUGAUAUGAAUCAGAAGAUGUGCCCUCAUCUUACUGAGAGUGUUUUGUGUGAAUGUGCUACCAAAAUUUCUAGAAAUACAUUAUUUGAUAACUUAGAUAGAGAUUUGGUUUCCUGCAGCAAUUAUGCUAAUCAAACUGUUUAUUCAGCAAAUCAAAACUUCAGAAGAAUGCCAGCGUUCGCUGAUGGUAUUCCUGGGUUAAAAAUGGGGGCAUAUUCAACCAAUAACCUUUUAAAAAAACUCUACUUUGAUUACAGAGAAAAUUACCAAAUCGGAAAUAACCAAAACCACUCCUAUUCAAACACAGCAUUUGAGGAAGAUAAUCAAAAUGAACAUGACCUCGCAUUUAGAAGAAGAAUAGACAACUCUUAUGAUAUUCAUUUUGCUUUGUCAUCAUACCUACUUGGAGUUAAUUAUACUAAUUUCAGCAAUUCUACAUUAGACCGAAACUUGUUUAAUUAG